UAUUUUGACUUCUUUCCUCUGUAAGUCAACUCUGUCUCUGUCUCUCUAUCAUCUAUCUCUCGGACACCGUCUUUGGAUCAUCAUUUUACUCUUUGUGGACUUAAUUUUGAAGAGAAGAAAUGGGUAUAUUUCCUGAGUUUGGUGGCUGGAUCGAUCAGAACACUCAGCAAGAGCCUCUUAAGGCUGACUCCAAGAGGUCUGAGAAUGUGAAAUCAGAGUCAGGGUCGUCAGAUAUAAAUACUUGCGAGGAGAGAGAUGAGAUGAAGGAGCAGUUAACACUUUGGAGAGAAUCCGAGAAGAAGAAACAAUGGUACGAUCCUCCUCCUAAGGUGAAGGUGGAAAGAAGAAAUGAUCUAGUUAAGGGUAUGACAACUAUAGAUAUGGAGUUUACAUUAGGAUUACCUCCUCAAGCAGCCUACGACGUUUUAACUAAUCCAGACAACCAACAAUACUCCAGAAUAAUAAAAGGACAUUACCUUCUGGAAAACAUAUCAAGAAAAGUUGUGUCGCCCGAUACUGGAAAAGGAAAGAUGGUGCAAACGAAGAAAGCUAUUGGAUGGAACUUUCUUUAUUGGUCUGGAGCUAUCCCUAUAACCGCAAGUUUCCUCGAACAACGAAAACUCCUCACUGUAGACUAUUCGAUAGAGAAUGAGAUGUUCAUAAAUAUGCUUGAGGGUCAGUAUAAGUUGGAGCCUUUAUUUGUAGAUUCAGAACGCUUUUGCAAACACAUGAAGCCGAAGUGUAGAGAAGAAUACGAGAAAUGUAGUUGCGGACAAGGAAGGAUCGCGACGAAAGUGAAAGUAGAGCAGGUGUUUAAGCCUACUUUUCUUUUUAAUCUGCCACCGCUUUCUUGGUUAGUUCGUCGUAUCACCAUCAAGGUAAUGAAAACCAUCAUCCAAGAUCUUCAAAUUAAUGGAGCCGUGAUCCGAGGUGUUUGAUCAAUUGAUAAAACAUCAAGAAGAAUCAAACUAUACAAAUCCUAGCAAAAUUAUCAUAAACAAAGCAUCGAAUGUAAAUCUGUAACUUGAUUCAUACAAAUCCUAAAGCCAGCUCUUAUCAAGUAGUAGAUUAAAUCUUCGAUUAUAGUUAAUUUUAGCAAAACUAUAUAGAAAUGUAUUUUUCCUAAGACCACCAUUAAUGGUGAUAUCUUAGAAUCAAAAUUUACUCUAUAGAGUAUCUUAUAUAA